AUGGGAAGGAACUUACCACUGGCAAUUGCCAUAUCAUGUACUGUGUGCACAGUAAUCUAUACGUUAACAAAUGUUGCUUUAUAUACGGUGAUCACCCCGGAUGAAAUGCUGAGUAGUCCAGCAGUUGCUGUUGAAUUCGCUAACAAAAUGUUUGGACCAUUUGCCUUUAUAAUGCCUAUAUUUGUUGCAUGCUCAACAAUUGGUUCAGCAAAUGGAGUAAUUUUCACUUCGUCGAGACUGUUUUACGUUGGAGCACGAGAAGGGCACAUGCCGUUGGUUUUAACAAUGAUCAAUAAAAAUACCCGUACACCUAUUCCUGCAGUCAUUUUCACGGGAUUGCUUUCCAUAGUAUUCCUUGCUUUAUCGGACAAUAUAUUUUCGCUCAUCAAUUACAUCCAAAUAGUGUAUUGGUUAGCCAUCGCCUGCGUAAUUGCGGCGCUGUUUUGGUUGCGAAAAAAAAUGCCAGAUGCUGAAAGACCUAUUAAGGUCAACCUCGUCUUUCCGAUAGUUUUUUUUCUUGGAUGUAUUGCUUUAGUGAUUGUUCCUAUCGUUGGUUCACCAAAGGAUACAGGAGAUGCAUUCUUUUCAGCAAUUGGUAUUGGAAUAAUGCUUACUGCGGUUCCUAUUUAUGUGAUAUUUGUGGCAUGGAAAAGUAAGCCGAAGUGCAUUGGAACGGCUUCAGGUAUUCUGUUAUUUGAUUCUUUAAAUAAUGACCAAAUUCAUCCAAAAGUUGUUUCUUGUUGUCGACGAUACGAAGGAAUCAUGAGUGAGUUCGCGAGACUUACAUAUCCUCGAUUGUUUGGUUACAAUCUGCAGAAUCUUAACUUUGUCAUGAGAAAUGUGGAUAUGCACUGGACGUGA